UGAAGCGACCGAGAUCCUCGAGACACUGUUAUAAAGAUGGAGUUUAUUAAAGAAGAGAAUGAAGACGUGAAGUUGUUAUAUAUUGAAGAAGCUUUCAUAGUCAAACAUGAAGAUACUGAGGAACAAUCAGACCUGAUGGCGCUGAAAGAGGAGAGUCAAGACCUGAAUGAAAUGGAAGAGAAAAAUCAGUAUGUGAAAUAUCAUGACCUCAUGGCUGGAGAAAAAUCUUUUAGUUACUCACAGACUCAUAAAACAGAAACUACAAACCUUAAAGUCCAGAUGAGAGUUCACACUGGAGAGAGUCCUUUCAUCUGCCAACACUGUGGAAGGAGUUUUAUUAGAAAAGAAGGCUUUAAAAGUCACUUGAAAAUCCACAUUGAAGAGAAUUUGUUCAUGUGUCCUCGGUGUGGAAAGAGUUUUACACAGAAAAAAACACUUAAUGCUCACAUGAGAAGUCACUCUGGAGAGAUGAAGCCUUACUCCUGCAAACUGUGUGAGUUAAGCUUCAGACGAAAAGAUUGUUAUAGGUCUCACAUGAGAGUUCACACUGGAGAGAGCCCUUUCACCUGCCAACAGUGUGGAAAUGGCUUUAAUCGAAAAGAAAGCCUUAAAGUUCACUUAAAAAUCCACACUGGAGAGAAGCCGUUCAAAUGCUCUCAGUGUGGAAAGAGUUUUAGACAGAAAUCAGCCCUUAAUAUCCACAUGAGGAUUCACACUGGAGAGAAGCCGUACUCCUGCAAACUGUGUGGGAAGAGCUUCAUACGAAAAGAUUGUUUUAGGUCUCAUGUGAAGAUUCACACUGGAGAGAGCCCUUUCACCUGCCAACAGUGUGGAAAGAGUUUUAAUCGAAAACAAAGUCUUAAAGUUCACUUAAAAAUCCAUGCUGGAGAGAAGCCGUUCAUAUGCUCUCAGUGUGGAAAGAGUUUUAGACAGAAAUCAACCCUUAAAUCCCACAUGAGGAUUCACACUGGAGAGAAGCCAUACCCCUGCAAACUGUGUGGGAAGAGUUUCUCAGUAAAAGGAAGUCUUAAAAUUCACAUGAGAAUCCACACUGGAGAGAAACCUUUCAUUUGCUCUCAGUGUGGAAAGAGUUUCAAACAGAAAAAUGAACUUGACGGCCACAUGAGAGUUCACACUGGAGAGAAACCUUUUGAUUGUGAUCAGUGUGGAAAGAGUUUUGUAUUUAAAUCACACCUUAAUCAACACAUAAAGAUUCACUCUGGGGAGAACUGUUUUAUAUGCCAUCAGUGUGGAAAGAGUUUCUCACAGAGAGCAAAUUUUGAGAUUCACAUGAGAGUUCACACUGGAGACAGACCUUACAAGUGUCCUAAGUGUGAAAAGAGCUUCACAGUUAAAGGAAACCUUAAUACUCACAUGAGAGUUCACACCGGAGAGAAACCUUACAAGUGUGUUCAGUGUGAAAAGAACUUCAGAUAUAAAUCACAGCUUGAUCUUCACAUGAGGAGUCACCCAGGAGAGAACUGUUUUAUAUGUCACCAGUGUGGAAAGAGUUUCUCACAGAGAGCUAACUUUGAGAAUCACAGAAGAACUCACACUGGAGAGAAGCCUUUCACCUGCCCUCAGUGUGGAAAGAGCUUCACAAUUAAAGGAAACCUUAAUAUUCACAUGAAAAGUCACACUGGAGAGAAGCCAUACAAGUGUGUUCAGUGUAAAAAGAGCUUUUCAUAUCAAAAUAACCUGAAAAGACAUAUGCAAACUCAUUCUGUAAAUAAACUGCCAUUGUCCUGACAAGAGGUUUAGAAGCAAUUUCAGGAACCAUCAGACAAUGACUGUGUUCAAUCUAAUAAAAACAUCACACUUAUACAUAUUUAGGUCCUUUACAUACAAAAGUAAUUUAAAUGUGAGACCCUGUUUGUGUUUUUUUUUUUUUGAGUACUGUUACAAAAAAGCUGAUUCAAGUGUGAUUAGGAAUACUUUAUAAAUGAAAAAUAAGGAAUUAAACUUUUAGUCUGUGAAGAAACACCAGAUACAAGUGCAAAUGUAAUAAUUAAAUAGCAUUUAAAUAAAAACGGCCUAAUGUUACUGGAUGAAAUG